CCUUCAUCUGAGUGUGUUCUGUCUAGUAAUUUUGUAUUCCUUGCGAGCAGUCCGUCGCCAGAGUUAAAGCACCCGACACGUUUUAUUUGUAUCCAGUUGACAUAAAACACACAUUGUGUCCAACCGGGGAGGCAAACACUGAAGCUCAGCUCAGCUCAGCUGAAGUUUGUGUUCUGUUACCAUAGUUACAGGACGCCGGAAGCAGUUCGAUGAGUUGCAGACACGAGUACUGAAAUUAUAGUAAGUUACAGGCUACACCUGGACAGCCAAGAACAAGAAUCAUGGAGAAAUCCCGUGUUAUGGCAACCAAAUUCCUCAAGAAACGAAAACAAGGUCGGAAAAGCAGUCGGGAAAAGCCUUCGUGCGGUUGGCCCCCUUCCAGGCACGAAAAUCACAUUGCGAGACUGCCACCUGAGGUUCUGUUGAAGAUCCUGACCUUCUUGGAUGCCCCCGCUCUGUAUUCCCUUGGCUGCGUUAACAAACAGCUUCAUGAGCUUGCCAACACCAAUGCUCUGUGGUACAGGCUAUACAUUCGAGAGUGUGCGAAGAAGAAGACGCUCAAGGCAAAGCUGGUGGAUGAGGUGGCAUAUGGUCUGACCAGCGCCACCAUACAGGAGAAGCCCAGGGGUCACUGGAAGAGGCUCCUCUUCAAGAAGAUGGCUGGCUUCAACCAGAGCAAGUGGAUCAGCCAGCUCAAAGUCAUUAACCCUUACACCGGGCUGCCAAGGCAAACAGAGCAUGUCCUUAGGAGCUUGGGCGUGACGUGGGAGUUGACGAUGACCGAUAAAGAAGGACGGCAGAGCACCUUUAAGCACUCGCACGCUUUCUUCUCCGAGUCCACCCUCAACCUGACCUGGAUUGGCCUGGGUGGCCCGGAGUGGUGGAAGAUUCUCUCGCUGCAUUUCCACGGUGUGGUGCCCCUGACGUUAGACCGAGGCUCAGCCUCUCGCAGACCUGCAACAUGGCGCUCUCUGAUCGCUGAAGCGGACACGAAGAAGUACAGCUGGAAGUUCUUCGGCUACGACAGGCUGGUGAGGGUGAAGCACAGCAUGCUCUUCCCAGGGCUCAUCGUGGGACUCUGGAGGAGCAAUGUGGACAUUGUGUUUGUCAAGGUGAACUUGCAUCUUCACAAGCUGGUAGAGAAAAUCCUUCUUGGAUCAAUUACCUGCCCCUACGCCGUGCCAGAGUACCAGCCUGUGUUUGAUGACGUCGACCCAGAAUAUGGUCUCCAUGGAUACAAGGUUCACGUGGAGCUCCACGACAUGAUGAAGCUCAUCAUGUCUGACCAGUUCACUGGACUCUUCUGCCGGAGACAAAACAUUAGUGACGGUUACGUGAUGUUGCGGGCCAUCUCGAGGGAGAAGAAGUCUGAGCACACGGCCUUCGCUGACAAGUUCAGCCUGAAGUGGCGGUCCGAGGGCUUGGAGGGGGUGGUGGAGAGUUGCUGCGUGAUGAGUGUGACAGUGCUGGACGAGUCUCAGACACCCUUCUGGUGCGUGUGUUCUCCCGUCGCCAUCGUGCUGUCCAAUGAGGAUGUGUGGUACGACUAUAGGGGCGAGCCCUACGUCAUCCGGUAUAAGGACUCAGACGGAAAGAUCUCCAUGGACCUCAUUUGGAUGGAAGAACUAGGCCAGUACUUCCUGGUGAAGUUUAAUGUUUACCUGCCCGUUGCAAAAAUCAAUAGGUGCUUCGGAAGGAAUUACUAAGAAUAACAUAAGAUUUUGUUUGUAUAUACAGAAUGAUGGAAAAAUUGUUUUGCGUUUCAUAAAUUUGUACGGUGUUUGAUGCAUUGAAAUUGCUAGCAGAAUUUUAUUUUUAAUUUUAGAAUAUGUUCAAAACAUGUUGCAUCAUUAUCACACCAGUACAUUUGUAAAUAAUAGUUUGACAAGGUUUGUACAAAGUUUGUAAAAAAAAAAAGAACAUUGAUAACUGUCGUGCAUUUCUGUUGUGGAAUAAAACAAUGGUUUAUUUCUG